AUGGAUGGCACUCGUCUUCCCGAACUGCCGGUCUUGGCUCUUCAAGAAGGAGUCGACCGGACACAGAUCGACGCCGGAAAGAUUUCCGCCGACUGGCUCGCAACGCUAGAGCGCCGCUUCACCGAAAAGUCAUUCGGUGAUCUUUCAGAUCUGUUCAUUGACAACUGCUGGUGGAGAGACAUCGUCGGUCUGUCAUGGGAUUUCACCUGCAAACAGGGGCAAGAAUCAAUCAGCAAGUACCUUAAUUCAGCAGAGCAUGGGCUCUCAGAUAUUCAAACCAGCAAAUUCGGUGGGCUGCAACCGUUGUUGAUUGACUUUGGCGGACAGAUUUGGAUCCAGACGGGCUUCACAUUCAAAACUCCGCAUGGAGAGGGCAAAGGUCUAUUGAAGUUGGUGAAUGUUGGGUUGACAGAAUGGAAGGCAUGGACGAUAUUCACCCAGCUAGAGAAGCUCGAUUUUCAAAAGGAGCUAGAGGCAGAGAGAGACGCUCAAUUGCCGGGAACAGAAGCGCCCGCUACUAGUGGUGUUAAUGGCCAUCAGACUUCUGAGGUAGAAGAUGUGCAAGUCUUAAUCGUAGGCGCUGCCCAAGCUGGGCUUAUGCUCGGAGCGCGGCUCAAGCAUAUGGGAAUCAAGACACUCCUUGUGGAGAGAAACGCCAGGCUUGGCGACUCAUGGCGGCAGCGAUACCAGAGCGUCACGCUCCACACGCCAACUUACACGGAUCAUUGGGCAUUCCUCAAGUUCCCGGAGACCUGGCCUAAGUUUCUGGUAGGAGACAAAGUCGCCGAAUGGAUGGAGCACUACGGACAACUCAUGGGCCUCGAUAUCCUGUACAAUACCGAGGUCACAAAGGUCACAUACGACGGAGCUGCCAAGAAGUAUACCGUUCAAACUCAAACACCGGAGGGGUUACAGACUAUCUCAGCACGCCAUGUAGUCUUAGCCACUGGUGUCUUCGGAGACCAACCAAUUGUCCCUAGUUUCCCUGGUCAGGACUCUUUCAAGGGCCAGAUAUACCACUCCAAACAACACAAGUCUGCCGCCGAGAUCCCAGACGUGGGCAAAAAAAAGGUGGUGGUUAUCGGAGCCGCGACCAGUGGCCACGACAUCUCUGCGGAUUUCGUCACGCACGGGGCCAAGGAGGUGACCAUGGUCCAGCGAAACGCGAUCUUCUCCAUUUCUAGAGAGUCUUGGGAGACCUUCAUUCUCUCGUUGUGGAAGAUUGACGGACUCAGCACCGAGGAGGCGGACAUCGUGGGCAACGCCAUUCCUUUGGCGGUCAUCAGGACCAUGAGCAUCGGUCUCACGAAGAUGAUGGCCGAGCGUGACAAAGAAGUGCACGACGGGCUGAAGAAGGCUGGUCUAGAAAUCAAGGAGGGCGAGGACGGUUACGGCCUAGCGGACUUCCAGCUUAUCAAAGGAGGGCAGUACUACAUUGACCAAGGCGCGAACAAGAUGAUCAUUGACGGCCGAAUCAAAAUCAGACGAUGCGAACAGGGCGUGAAGGAGUUUCAGGAAGAUGGGCUCGUUCUCGCUGACGGGAGAAAGAUUGAGGCGGAUGUUGUGGUUUUCGCGACUGGGUUUCAGAAGGAGACAACCACCAUUGAGAAGUUGAUGGGCCCGGAAGUUACAAAGAGACUGCGGAAGUUUGGACAGCUGGACGAGGAGCAAGAGAGAUCUGGGUGGUGGCGAUCGACUGGAGUGCCAGGGUUCUGGUACAUGACUGGCAGCUUCAUGUACUGUCGACAGUUCUCCUUGCCAUUGGCUCUGCAGAUUGCGGCAGUUGAGAAGGGCCUCAACAAGUCUCAUUACGACGAAGUCUGA